AUGCUGGCAUAUCUUUCCAAGUUUCCCGGGCUACAAGAAACAGUGGUCGCAGUAGUGGCUGGUAUUCUGGCCCAGCCAAAAAACGGGUUAUCUAGCCGGGUGCUACCCGAAGAGAAAAUCCGGGUAAACGAAAAGCACUAUCUCGGAGACAAGGAAGCCCUGGUACUAUUGCACGCCAAUGCAUUUAGUAGUAGAAACAAAUGGGCAGAGCUAGCCACAGUGGCUGCGGGCAUGAUGGCCCACCUAAUUGUCCUGUCUGAAACGUGGUUAACUCAGGAUGACCUCAUACCGAAACCAGUCUGA